AUGGGGCGAAAUUGGAACGAUCAGGAGGAUGAAACCCUGAGAUCAAUGGUCGCCACCCAUGGGAAGCAAUGGGCCCUAAUUGCUACGUUUAUACCAGGACGCACAGCUUCUCAAGUCGCAGCCAGAUGGGAAAAAUGCAUUGACCCAAAUAUUACAAAAGGACCAUUUACACCUGACGAAGAUGCUUUAAUUAUCGAGUUUGUUGCAAAGAACGGUCCGCGCAGCUGGCCUAGAAUUACACAAUUAAUCCCACAACGCUCUUCAAAGCAAUGUCGCGAAAGAUGGUUUAAUCACUUAGAUCCGAACGUUGUUAAGCAAGCCUGGACUCCAGAAGAAGAUAAUACGAUUUAUACACAACAUCAAUCUUUAGGACCUAAGUGGUCUCUAAUUGCUAAAAUGAUACCUGGUAGAACAGAUAAUGCAGUUAAAAACAGAUGGAAUUCUUCAAUCUCAAAGAGAAUUCAAAAAGAUGCUAAUGGUAACGAAUAUUUACUCCCAGAUUCAUCAAAAAGAGCGCAUAAAACAAGUAAAUCACAGAAAGAAAGGCCACCGCCAAUUCUUACAACAGCUCCACCAAAACCUCCGGCCUUGGAAAUUCCUCCACCUCAGCCAGCAAACCAAUUGCAACCAACACCAUCUUUGGAUACAAACUUAAUAUCACCAUCAAUUCCAUUUACUCCGUUUACUUCCACAACGCCUUCGUUUACUGGUGGAGAUGGUACAAUAUUCUCGCCUACUUCACCGAUGCCAGGAUUUCAAACGACCCCUGGUGCUUUUGGCGGUUUGAUGUCGCCAAUUACACCUGGAUCGAAUUUCCUGCUCUCUCCUACUACUCCCAUGAAACAAGAUUUUGGCGAAGCCAAUAUCUUUAAAUGA